UGGUUGGCUCAGUGCCGAGUAAAAUUUCCUUGUCCAACUACAGAAGCAAACGCCAUGGAAUGCAGUGCAUGCAAGUAUGCCUCGUGCUUCAUGCAAGUGCAAACAAUGCUCAAGCUUCUCGGACCUGCUUCCUCGCUCACUACGCACCACGCAAGUGUGGCGACUUAGAUGCAGGAUCCAGGCCCUAAUGUCUCCUUUAGAACGUGUCCAGUACAUUCAGACUGCUUCCUAUCUAUCUCCUUUUGUCCAGAAGCGCAAUAGAUCUGCUCGUGUAUGAUAUAUUGUAGCCGCCUCUCUCCAGCGUUUAGUUCUGACCCUACGGCACUAGUCUUGAGUUCUAAUUUUAGGUACUAUUCCACAGCAAAAUCUGAUUCGCGAAACACGAGCUUACUCCACCUUUUUACAGCAUGGCUUCCUCCGGCGAUCCUCACCAAUCAGACAUGUCUAACUCAGACUCCUCGCGUCAAGGCGUCCACGUGGACGGCCUAUUCCAGCCGUCUCAGACGCUCGAUCCCGUUUCUUCCAGCCCCGUCGAUUCGCAAACAGUGUCGACGCCAUGGCCGCGCGCCGUGUCGGAUCAUCUCAUCCAGAUUGCAUCCGCCUCGCCUGAAAAAAUAACCCCAGGGGGGGUAACAUCUGAGUCCGAUGUCUCUCCGUCGCUCCCGCCGCUUCUUCCGCCUACAUUUGCGACGCCGCUGCAGCAGCUGGCGUCAAAUGCUGCGACGGCAACACAAGAGCCGCGCACUCAACCGCCCACUCUCUCCGCACCGCAGCUAUCCGCGGCUGGCGGAGGCGCAAGCGGACGGGCGCAAGCUUCCCCGCAGGCAGACUUCCGCGUGUACCUCCGCCCGUUCGCCUCUCCGCCUCCCGUGCGGCUGGACGUGGAUGGCGGAGACGGUUUUGCGCAACUUUUCGCCCCCGUGGAUCCCGCCGUUUCUUCCGCUAUUCCCCCUGCUUUCGCGCUGGACCCGCGGUCAGAGGACGGAGAACGGGGAGCGGAGGGCAGCGCUCUCCUGUCGCGCAGCUCCCCAAUCGGGGGAGUUGCGGGGAACGGAGAAGGCUGGCGCGGGCUUAGGCCGGAGAGGGUUCGGGGGAGCGGAGAGGGCUGGGGGGCGCGGAGAGAUUUUCUGGAGAGUGCGGUGAAUGGAUUUUGGACGGGGGAAGGGGCGGAACAGGGGGAGGAGGGGGACGAGGGGGAGGAUCAGGGGCUUCUGUUUGCGCAGGGUAUGCAGCAGCAGCGGGCGGACCGGUACCCGCAACGGCGGGAGGAGCAUCCGCAUCACCCACAGCAGCCGCAGCAGCCUCAGCAGCUGCGGGGAUUGGAGUCGUCGGCACUGGACGGUUGGGGGCAGCAGCUGCCACGCCGGCCGUCAAGACCUAGCGUCCAGGCUGCCGGCCGUUCGCGAUACGCCGGCCGGCGCGUGCGCACGAGCCCGUUGAACUCGGGCCUCUGGGUGGCGGUGGAGUUUGUCUUUAUCUUAGGUCAAAUCAUGGCGACCGCGUUUAUUAUUUUCGCUUCUAUGGAUGAAAAGCCGAGUGUACCUUUGCGAGCGUGGGUGCUGGGAUACGCGUUAGGGUGUGUCCUGUUACUGCCACUGUUGUACUGGAGGUACACUCAUAGAUACACGCGGCAUCACUCACAGGCUGCUGGGGCGGAUGCGGGCCGUCCGAUGCGUCAGAUGUACGGUCAGCAGUCGCUGCAGCAGGGCUUUCCAGAGCAGCGGCUAAGGGACGAGGAAUAUAGGGUGCUGUUGCAGCGGCAGCAUUGCGAAAUGCUGUCGCGCUUGCAGCAACCGCAACAGCAGCAGCAGGAACAGCAGCAGCAGCCGCAGCCCCAGCAGCAGCAGCAGCAGCAGCAGCAGCAGCAGCAGCAGCAGCAGCAGCAGCAGCAGCAGCAGCAUCAGCAGCCGGACUUGACUCCCUCACCAUCCGUUUCCCAAUCGCCUAGCUCCCCCCUAUCCCACCUUGCAUCCCCCACACAAGAACCAGCCAAUAGCAGUGCGCCAUGUGGCUCCCCCCGGUCCCCUCUCCUCGAGCUGGCAUCCGCUUGUCCGCAUUCCCUCGCCCAGGCGUCAGAAAGGGCGCAGCAGCCGCCUGUUAUAGAUGGAGAGCUCAUAGCGGGGCAUGCUGUUGCAGGGCAGCUUAUACCGGGACAGGCGGGCGCGGGGCGGGCUGUAGCAGGAUGUGGUGUAGAUGGGCAGCUUGUAGCGGAGCAGGCUGUAGCGGGGCAGCUUGUAACGGGGCGGCUUAUAGUUGGAGAGAGAGAGGCACUGGUGUCCGGGGGAACAGGUGGGGGAGUGGGGAGAAGUGCGGAGGGCAUUCGGGGGAGGGCGGAGGGCGCAGUGUGGAAUGCGUCCGGCGUAGGGGCGAAUGGGGAGGGCGCGGGGGGGAGUGACGAGGGCGCGCGGUUCUGGGAGACCUAUGUGGCGGAGAGGGCGAUAGCAGCGGGGGAGAUGGCGCAACGCGGACCAGGGGAGCAGGGGCGCGGAUGGUGGGGGUGCCUCUGGGGUUUCCUCAAAGAGGCGGCCGAUGACUGGCGAGACGAAUCCAGGCUUGUGGUGAUGGUGGAGCGUUACAAGGUUACUGUGGACUGCUUAUUUGCAGUCUGGUUUGUGCUUGGCAAUAUCUGGGUCUUUGGUGCCAACUCCGCAGCUCUGGCGGCCCCAAAACUGUACAAUCUGAGCGUGGUGUUUCUGACGCUCAGCUGCAUCAGCUACGCCAUGCCGUUCCUCCUCUGCGCCACCAUCUGCUGCUGCCUGCCCUGCAUCAUCACGCUCAUGGGCUUCGACAACGACAUCGCAGCCAUCUCGCCCGCCUCCAAGGGCGCUGCCCCUGAUGAGAUCGCCUCCCUGCCGUGCUUCAAGUAUAAGGCGCUGAAGAAGAGGAGGCCGGGUGGGGGGACUGGUGGGACUGGUAGGAGUGGUGGGACUGGUGGGACUGGGAAGGGUGUUGAGGCGUGUCGAGGGGCAGGGGGAGGGAGUGAGGGGAGCGGGAAGGGCAGCAGUAAGGGUUGUGGUGGGGGGGUUGGGACCGGUGAGGGAGGGGAGAGGGACGGGGGAGGGAAUGCAAGAGCUUGCCACCACAGUUGCAGCAGCAGCAACAGCAGCUUUGGCGGCAGCAGUACAUUCGAUAUGAUCUCUGACUGCAGCGUGUCUAGCAGUGGUAGCGAUGGCUCCUUGUCGCCUGAAGGGAGCCCCAUUAGCAGCAGCAGCAGCGGUGGUGGUGGCAGCAACAUCAGCACCAGCAGCAGCAUCGCCACCACUGCCGGCAGCAGCAGCAGCAGCAGCUCCCCAAGCCUGAGGAGAAACCGCAGGCGAUCACAGCAAGCACUGGUAACCAGGGGGGCGACGGACCAUGGCCCGAGCACAAGGGAGCUGGAAGCCACAGUCGGAACAAGGGCGUACAGCAGCAGCAACCUCAGCAGCAGCAGCAGCAGUGUGGCCACCAGCGCCAGAAGUGCCGUUGGCAGCAGUGCUGGCGGGGGAGGGAGCGCGGGGGAGGACUCCGACAGUGAUAGCUGUUGCUCAGAAGAGGUCGGACUGCUGUGGGCGGGGACGGACAAGGAGCGGAUGGUUCAAGGGGAGGACGCUGUGUGCUGCAUCUGCUUGGGGCAUUACAAGGAUGGGACCGAGCUGAGGCAGCUGCCCUGCAACCACCACUUCCACCAAUCCUGUGUCGACACGUGGCUGCGCAUCAACGCCAGCUGUCCGCUCUGCAAGGUGGACAUCAGUGGACGGCCAAAGGAGGCAGUGGAUCCUGAGCUUGCGAACGAAUUCGCAGCAGCCUCAUUUGUCUAAACUGGCGCUGACACGGCAUGCCCUUUGCUUGCCGUUUUUAUUUGAUUUUCCUCUCCUAACUCUUAUGUUGCUUGAUUGUUGUACAUUAUUGCUUGCGGAAGCUAAAGCUUCCAUUUGUUGUGAUUGAGAUAUACAGGUAAUUGACUUUGAUUAGCCAUCACUGUGAAAAAACUGGUAUGAGAUUGUAUUGUAGCCCCUAAUAAAAAUCGUGCCGAACC